CGAAGUUUCACACCACAAUUUUGAGCUCAAACAUUCAGCAUUCGUUGCAAAAGCUUCGCUAGAGAACAAAGUGAUCAUCAGCAACAGAGCAUCAUCUUUAGAAAUGGCUUCUUCCAUUAAUGUUUUCUGCGCUUGGAUGGUGAUCUCCUUGGUCCUCAUCAUCAACGCUCCAACACUUGAAGCUGUCAAGGAAUUUAAAGUAGGAGACGAGUUGGGCUGGAUGGUGCCUUCACCCACAAACAAGACUUCCCUCUAUAAUCAGUGGGCUUCAAGGAAUCGCUUUCGAAUUGGAGAUUCUCUUGUUUUCGAGUACCAGAACGAUUCACUUGUUUUGGUAGAGAAAUGGGGCUACUACCACUGCGAUGCAAGCAAGCCAAUCGUAGCCUUUAACAAUGGGAAUAGCACUGUCACCCUGGACAGGUCUGGUCUCUUUUAUUUCAUCAGUGGCUCUCCUGAUCACUGCAGAAAUGGGCUGAAAAUGAUUGUUGAUGUCAUGUCUCCUCACCGCCAUAAUCCUCUAUCUCCUGCUUUUCCGCCAGAACCCUUUUCUACUGCGUCUCCACCAGCACACAAUGCAGCCGUUUUGGCCUCUGUAUCGCUUGGCUCGCUUGUAAUGGCACCGGUUGCAGUUCUGCUGUUGCAACCUUAUUAUUACUAUUUUGAUUAAUCUUUGUGAUUUCUAUUAAUUAUGGUCCUUCUACUAUUAUUAGUUGGUUUUGUUAAUUUGUUUAAUUUGAGUCAGAUUCCGGCUGUUGGAAUCUUUAGUAUUUUUUACUUAUUCAUUUUGUUUCCAAGAUCAUUGUGAUCUUAUUUUAGUUAAGUACAUUUGGAUUUUCAUUAUUAAUACUAUUACUAAUUUUUUGUUUUUGUUGAAA